AUGUUUUGGCAUGUUUUUCUGUUAACUUCGGGUAUUAAACUAUUGUUUAUUCCUGCAUAUCGCUCUACUGAUUUCGAGGUACACCGUAACUGGCUUGCAAUCACACACAGUUUACCGCUUUCCCGGUGGUACUACGAGAAAACCAGCGAAUGGACACUGGACUACCCACCACUGUUUGCCUACUUCGAGUGGGCCCUCUCGCAGGUGGCCAAAUCGUUCGACCCACGGAUGCUGGAAGUGAAGAAUCUCAACUAUGCCUCCGAACAAACGGUUCUCUUCCAACGGUGCUCCGUGAUUGUUGCGGACGUCAUUUACGCACUUGGUGCCCGACGUUGCUUGCGGGCACUGGCUGGCGAUGAUGGGAACCCUUCUCGGUCUCGGCAGCUUAUCGGCAGUGCUCUGCUUCUUGCCAACGCUGGCUUGCUCAUGGUUGACCACAUUCACUUCCAGUACAACGGGUUCCUGUUCGGUGUACUACUAUUGAGCAUCGGAGCGUUGCUGGAAAGCAAACCGCUACAAUCGGCACUACUAUUUGCGGUGCUGCUUAACCUGAAGCACAUUUUCAUCUACAUCGCCCCAGUUUUUGCGGUUUAUUUGCUUCGAUUUUAUUGCCUACGCGGCUCAAGUGGCGGACAAGCACUAAUGAAAUUAAUCAAACUCGGCUCCAUCACGCUGGCCGUCUGUUUGCUGUCGUUUGGCCCAUUCCACAGCCACCUUCCGCAGGUGCUGUCGCGGUUGUUCCCCUUCAAGCGUGGCCUCACGCAUGCCUACUGGGCACCGAACUUGUGGGCUCUCUACAACGCUGCCGAUAAGGUGCUCGCCCUGGCAUUGGGCCGCCGAGGGCUGCCCGUUGGAACUAGCAGUGGCUUGGUGCAAACAUUUGAACAUUCCGUCCUGCCGUCUGUCACGCCGGCGGUAACAUUCGUUCUCACUGCCGUCGCCAUGCUUCCGGUGACCAUCAAACUGUGGUCGGUCGCUGGGAGAGAAUCGACGGCGUACCUUGGCCACUGCUUUAUCCGGGCCAUCGUUUUGUCUGGCUGUACCUCGUUUCUCUUCGGUUGGCACGUCCACGAGAAAGCAAUCCUUAUGGUGCUCAUUCCUUUGACGCUGCUGUCGAUCGUCAACGCGAACGACGCACGUUGGACCGUUUUCUUGGGCAUCGUGGCUCAUUACUCACUGUUUCCGCUUCUCUUUAAACCGGAACUAACGAUUGUUAAGAUCAGUCUACAUGUAGCUUACACCGCGGUCAGUGUAGCGGUUUUGAAACAUUUGCAUAAUGGAAACUUUUUCCGCCUUCCGGAAUUUCUCUAUCUCGCCGGUUUUCCCAUACUCUGUGUGUACGAAAACUUAGUUCACGAUGCUAUUGGUCUUCGGGAACGGUUACCGUUCGUGCCACUGCUGCUGACAAGUGUUUACUGUGCCGUCGGAGUGUUGUAUUUCUGGAUUUCCUAUCAAAUAUCAUUCUUGACUGCGAAAAUUACCGAUCCCAGUACGGAUAGGAAGAAGAAAAAGUAA